UUUCCACCGCCGGCCCAUCCCAAUGACCACGGCAUCGGGCCCUUGGUGAUGGGCAUGACGUGGACCUUCACCAUAAUUGCCACGGUGGCCAUCUCCUUGAGGCUCUACCUGUGCAAGAAGGGCACGAAAGCCACGGGAUUGGACGACUGGCUAAUGCUGGCCGCGGUUGUCUUUCAGCUUGUGUUCCAGAGCCUCAUAUCGACUUCGUACCACUUCGGCAUGGGGAAACACGACGCUGAUAUUGAGAUGCCCGGUCCAUUUGUCAACGUGCUCAAGUUCUGCUGGCUCGGCCUCGUCUUCGGCAUGGCUGUCUCCAUCACAGCCCGCAUCUCCAUUGCCCUGCUUCUCGUCCGCUUGUUUGGCGGCGUCCACAAGUGGUUCAAGUGGUUCACCAUCGUCCUCACGACGACUCAGACAAUCGUAGGGACAGCCAUCAUCCCUAUCCAUCUGCUCCAAGUCCAACCUACCGAGGGUCUUUGGGACGUGUUCCGCCCCGGAGUCACCAGAUGGGACCCGAGGAUUGUCAUCUACCUCGAGUAUUUCCUGCAAGCCCUCUACACGCUCUCGGACUUGGCCUAUGUCUUGUUGCCAGUCAUGAUCGUCUGGAGCCUACACAUGGCGUUGCACCGCAAGGUCGGUCUCAUCGUCAUGCUCGGCAUGUCGCUGUUCACGGUGGCCCUGUCCAUCCUCAAGGCCGUCUGGAUCGGCAGGCAGCCCACCGUAGACGCGCAGUACAGCGCUAGCUUGGCCGUCAUGUGGGCCGGACUGGAACAGGCCUUCGUUAUCAUCAUGGGCUGCGUGCCGCCCCUGCGCGGAAUACUCAAAGACAUCCCGGGGCUCGCCGCCGUCACCGCCUCCCUGUACCGCUUCGUGCGC